AGCAGUAGCAGCAGCUGAUGGCGUGGAAGGUUAUUGAUGCAACUUAUAUCCGAACGCUGACAAGGGAGAAAGAAGUGUUGGUGAUGAGAAUGGCAUUCAGGGCUGAGCUGAGUAUGAUAGUAUGGCUUUGGUUUGCUUUGCUGAUCACUCAAACCUUCUCUGCUCGAUUGGCCAAACCAGGAUCUACACAUCCUUCUUUUCCAUUGGACGCUUUUGCUUCUCCGGCAUUUAAGGUGAUUUAUUUGGAUAAUGAGCCAAUUGGCAAUCAAACGGCAAAGAAUAUCUUACGGUCCAGUAAGCAAUUCACAUCAAACAAGGGAGAUAAUGUAGGAUUAACGCAAUACGCAACGCAUGGAGAAAGUGCUGAUCAUGAUGGUCAGAAUCCAAUCUACUAUGACGGAUUACCAUUUCAAGCAUAUUUGCACAGAUCUUCGCCAGACACACUUCAUGUCUGCACUCUAGCAAAAUCUACAAAACACAAACAACCUCUGCAGCUGGACGAUGAAGAAAUGCAGGAAUAUCGUUCAAACGUUCUCAGAAGUGCAUUACGUCUAUUAGCACCAUUGCGGGAAAAGUGCAUUUAUCAUCAUCAAGAUUGGUUUUCGUAUAGUGUAUGCUAUGGUGAUUCUAUCAGACAAUUCCACCCAAUCCCUGGAACUGUAGGACCUGGCAAAGUUCCUACUAUGGAUGCCUCGCAAGAUAGCUUUGUUUUAGGACGUUGGAGAGAUGGAAUUGAAAGCGUACGCGGAGAAGCAAGCGAUAGCACGAGUGCUACGAUCGGAGAUUCUAUCAAUGAGAAACUUUUGGAGGAAAGCGGAAUCGAGCAAGGAUCAGAAUUGAUGGAAUUGGUGCACUUUUCCUCCAUAGAGGACGAGAGCGCACCUGUGCGUGCAAGAUUACAAGAAGGCAGUCCGAUCGAAGGCAAAGGUCGCUAUAUCUCUCAAAGCUGGACAGAUGGAACGUUGUGCGACCUUAAUCACGAACCACGAACGACUGAGGUGCAGUAUCAUUGUGCCAAAACACCACCAAUCGAUCGGAUCUCAUUAAUCAAAGAAGUGACUACGUGUAAUUAUGUGAUCGUGGUAGAAACACCUCGCCUUUGCUCAGAACCGGCUUUGGCCCAAACAGAAGAUGAAGUUCGAGAAGUACAUUGUCGGCCAAUCCUCUCAGAUGCAGAACUACAUGAAAGAUUCGUUCAAAAUGCAAAAGAAGCACAUGCUAGUCUCUUGGAAGGCGUCAAAGAGGAAGAGGGAGAGGACGAGCAAGACAUUCCAUCGGCUGAAGAUGAGGAAACGACGCAAGCUGAUGAUGAAAAGGUUGCAAAGCGAUCAGGCCCAAAAGAGCAGAACGCGGGAGCAGAUAUUGACGCAGCCGCUACAUCUCUUCAAGAACAACUUGCCAAGAUCAUGGAAAAGAUUUCAGCUAUUAGCAAAGAAAAGCAGGGCGAUGGACCGGUAGUGCAGGAUAUAGAAUUGGUUGUUGGAAUGGACGAGAAUGGAGAAGUGAUUGUUGACCCGCACCGUGAAGGGUUCGGAGCCUUGUCGGAGAAAUUCCUCAAAGCCACCAAAGAAAAGGAAGAAAGUAGCGAAGAGGAAGAUUCAAAACAUCCAAAAGGUCCUGUCUCCGAUCAAUGGACAAAGAUUCUGGAGAGAGUACGAGAGUUGCAGGGCAAUGCAAUCGGCUCAGAUGGAGUCAUGUACCAAUUCAAGCCUGAUGACGCCUUGAAUGCGGAUCAGGUCAAUGAUCAAGGCCAUGCAGGCCAUGCAGAAACAGGUACUGCAAAUCAAGGCCAACAAGGUGCUAAACGACCGCAUUCCCAGCCGCAACGAGGAAACAUGAUGGUACGUGAGCCAGAAACGUUUGCACAAAGAGUUGAUCGGAUCUACAAAGCUGAAGAAGAGAGAGCAAGACGUAAAGCCAAAGCCCAAAGCGAAGAUGAAUCAGCCGAACAAGAAGAGGCAAAACAGCCAAAGAGUCGGCAUGAUGAGCUGUAAAAUUAUCGUGAUGUUACCUAUACCUUUUUUAUGCUAAUGUCUCUUUCAAUUGUAUUCUAUCCACAUCCUAUCUGUCAUCAUGAGUGAGAUUGAAGGUAAAAUUCAGAAUGCUAGAAAUACUCGUGUGCGUGUGAUAAUUGAUCAUAUACGAAUCCUGGAAUACCUUCUAUGUGCGGCCAAUUGACAUCCACAAAGUAGGAUAAAGCCAGCGUAAACGAGUGCUGCAACGUAUAGUGUAGAUCCUACUGCUCCUCCAUCUUUUGGGUCUUCUGUAGAUCCCAUCAAUGCUUCCCAAUUAUGUGUGAAUCCAUAUCCCAUCACGCUCAAUAUCAGUAC